AUGGGCAUAACAAAGGCUUCCAUCCACCAAGCACAUGCCAAAGCAAACAAGGGUUUGAAAGGAAAGUCAAGGUCAACAAGCUACAGGCAGACCUUUAGGAAGGAAGGUGAAACAGAAAAGGGUCUUUGUGGUCAUCCAAGAACCCUGGACUUUCUCAUAGCUUGUAUUGUUUUCCUGCCAUAUGGAGUGGAUAUGCCCAGCCUUGAGGAGGAUUUGGAUGUGAAUGAGCCUACACUGGCAAACUUGUUUCCAGUGAUACAACAACUAACUGUCCUCACAAGUGCUCAGCUGAGCAGGCUUGAAGCUGCAGGUUUAGCUCACUCCAACUUUUGUUCAUACUUUACAUUCAAUCAGGAGUGGAGUUGGACACAAGUUGACAACAUGCUUUGUGGUGAAUUCCCUCACCUAUUUGAAGUUCUUGAUACCCAGCCAAAGGUGUUCAAUGUGAGUUAUAAUAUGAGUGGAAUGGUUGGUAGGCAAUACAAGUACCUGCCCCCAUAUCUACUCCACCUUCACAGUCACAAGGAGGCUGUUGUGACAGGAGGAGUAGAGUUUCCUGAUGGGGAAGUCCUCUUCCAAAAGCUGAAGGCUGGCAAACAACCUUCUAGGGAUGAGUCAGAAAUCAUCUUUGUUACUCAUAAUGAGAUACCAUUCAAGCUCAUCAUUCAAUGGGUUAAGAAACAGCACCCAAAGGGGAAGGGAAAGUACAAGGCAGAAACUGACUUGGGUGCUGAGGACAGCAAGUCUCAACUUUGGACUAAGUCUGACAGUGGUGACAAUGCUGAUGACCCAAUCCUGAGCCCAAUAAGUCAUGGUAUCAAAAGACAUUGCAUUGAUGUUCAUGAUUUGGACUCUGAAAAAGCUGGUCCUUCACAUGCUAGUCCCUCAAUGAGUACAACACCUGACACCAUUGACCUCACUGAUGGCCCCAUGGAUGUCACAGCCCCCAGUGAUGAACUUCCCCUGCUACCUGCACCACCAUUGACUCUUCCCUUGACUCCUAUCCAAACCCAUACUCAACUGGCCCCAUCAAGUUCAUUUAUGAUUGAUACCUCUUUGAAAAACCCAUGGAAAGGUAUUCAUACCUUCCAAUUUUGA